CAGGACCGGAAGGCGCCCGUCACCACCUCAGCGCGGAGCCCCCCGCGGAGGCGCGGCGCGUCCCCCCGGAAACAUGGCGGGCAUCAAAGCUCUCGUGGCGCUCUCCUUCAGCGGAGCCAUCGGCCUCACCUUCCUCAUGCUGGGCUGCGCCCUGGAGUCCUACGGUGUAUACUGGCCGUUGUUUGUCCUAAUAUUUUACUCCAUCUGCCCCAUUCCCCACUUCAUUGCGAAAAGAGUAAGCGAUGACAGCGAUGCGGCCAGCAGUGCCUGCAGGGAGCUGGCCUAUUUCUUCACAACCGGGAUUGUGGUUUCUGCUUUUGGAUUCCCUAUCAUCCUCGCACGGGUUGAAGCGAUCAAAUGGGGAGCCUGUGGUCUGGUCCUGGCUGGCAAUGCAGUCAUUUUUCUUACUAUUCUAGGCUUUUUUCUUGUAUUUGGUAGAGGAGAUGACUUUAGCUGGGAACAGUGGUAGGACAUCGCUCUGACACUGGUAAUGUUUUACAGAACAUGUUGCCAUAUGUAAACUGUGUGUGUGUGUAUGUGUAUAUAUUAUAAUGUAUGUACGUGUGCAUGUGGAGAAGUAUGUAUGUGCAUACACAUGUAGUCAUAUGUUAUCAGUUCAUAACAUGCUUUUUAAAAUGUGUCAGUCAAAGGGGAAAGGCCUUGUGACAGCUUUCUUAAAAUGUAUUCAGUAAAAGCUGGAAUCAAAAUUGCAACUUUUGUCCCCAAAUAUGUUUACAAAGCAUUAACUGUUUUACUCAUUUUUCAUGAUAUGUGCAUUAACUUUUUUUUGAUCAAAGUAGUAUCAUUGACACAUGUGAUGUUGGUCAGCAUGUCUGUUUUUUAAUAGUGUAAUCAAAAUAGACUAAUACAAAGAUUAUACUAUUUACUGUUGUUCAGCUUGAUUGAUCUUUCUGCUUUGAUCAGGGAUGAAUGAGUAUUUGUUUUCCAUUGUAACUUUGGUAGUUUUCUUGAUAACAUAAAACCAAAUGUAUGUUAUACUAACUGCUUUCCUACAUAAUGAAAGAAAAAGAAAAUAAUAACUUCAGUUAAAAAUGCUUCCUUCCAUUUAUGCUGCUCAUUUAGCUUCCCCCCCCCCCAUAAGGAUAUUCUGGUUUUGACUGUAUCCAACUUAAAACUGUGGCUAUAUGUUGGGAGUAAUCUCAUAUAUUCUAAUGCCUCUUGCUGUGCUCAGACCUGAAAUAACUUCUUUCAUAAAGGUUCACAAAAGAAGAUAUAUUUGAAACUGCUUUCACAGUCUCAGGACAUUGAUAAUCUCAGUGUAGUAUACAACUAUAUAUUCUUACGUGUGAAAUACCUGAAUUACAAAGAAGUGAAUGUUCUGCUGGGAGAUUCCUAACUUAGCAGAAACUGUAGGACUUGGUAUUUCCUCAAUUCUUAAUGCUUUUAAAACAUGCUUACUGAAACUACUAGUACUUAUGUCUGUUAGAAAAGAUUGUAUUAAAACACUAUUUUAAAAUGGCAUUAUCCUGGUAAAUCUUCACAUAAUCACACAUAUAAAAGCAAAGUUUAUUACUGUUUUGGCUUGGUGAAGCCUUCAAAUUGUGGAGGCGGGUGACUUUAAAGAUGCAUUCUGAUACAGCCCUAAUUCUAGAGGACACUUCAGUAAUCUGAGAAAGGGUGCUGAACAGACACACACUAACUCAUUCUUUCGUCGAAAAAUGGACAUGAAGUGAUUACUAGUCCCUGAAGUAAGAAACUGAGCACCUAGAUAGGAUAUGUUUUAAUAUUCUAGCUCUUUAGGUUAGCAGAUUAUGAAUAACUUUUUAUAGUUGUAAGUCAGUCCAUAGGUGAUUGCUAUCACCCUGUGUAGGAGUGAGGGACUUUGUGUCAGGAAGUAAUAGAAUCAACUCUACAAGAUCGCAUUGGUAGAGAUGCCACAUGCUUUUUUUGCCCUUAAACUAUGUGGAACUGUCUGUGCUGCUCUUAAUUUUAAGUUCUCGCAGUACUAGUGUAUUGUAAAAUGAUGUCCUGUAGACUAGUGGGCAGAGCAAAGGUUCAUAAAUAGUGAAUGUUACAUCAGCUUUCUUGAUGCAGGGUCUUUUGUUCAUGCUCAGGGCUCUAGAGAAAAGGUACACAAAGCAUUCUAUAGUGCAACUAAUGUCAUGUCACUCUAAAUAGGAGUAGAAUAUCAUGCUUCAGGAAGGUAAAUAAUUCUCAUAUUUGAUUAGAUACAAAACUGUUAAUUGUAUUCUUAAAUUUAAAAUAUACAUGAAGUUAACCCUGCAGUGUUGAGGAAUGCUGAGUACCUGGAUUUCAUAUGUAUUUCUAGACUGUAAUUCUUGUAAAAGAAGAAUUAACAUUAAAGGACAGUUAUUUUAUUUCUGAAUGUUAAUACUUCAUCACAGGUGUAGCAGGAAAAUGCUUGUAAAGAUGCUGGAUAUAAGCAGGUUCUCUUAGAAGGGUUUGUUUUAUUUAUUUCCCCCCACCCCCGACUUCAGGUGGAAUCUGUUAGACCCUACUGAUUCGUCCUUAAUGUUGUAAAGUACUAAUGGGGUAAUUGUUCAAAUUACUGAUUGAGCUGUUUAGUGUAAACGUAGAUUCCAUUUAUAGGCUUUAUAAGCUCUGAUUUGAUUUUUUUUUUUUGGGGGGGGGUCUUUCUUUGUCCUACACUACAACAUUUCUCAUUCAGAUUGGUGAAGUAAAACAACAACAAUAAUAAUACAAAAAAUUAAGUGCCUGAUUCUGCAUAUGGCUGUUGAAGUCAUUGCUAACCAUUCCAUUUAACUCUUGUUAAAAUAUUUAUAUACUUGUAGGAUUAAGUUCUAGGGUUUUUAAGGGUGUCUUGUAUUUUCACUUCUUAGAAUUUGUGUACCAAAGGCUGCAAUAGAAGGCUUCGGAGCUGUUAAAUUACCAUUCAAAUUUUGUUUUAGAGACAGGGGAAUAAAAAGCAGUGGAGAUUUUUUUUUUUUUCCUUAGAUGAGAGACUAUUUAUUUGUAGAAUUUGUUCUAGCUCUGUUAAUAAAUAGUGUGUUUGUGACUGACUGAGACUGGAAUACUGGCGGCAAACACAUGACAAUCAAAAAUGAAAAGGAGGACUAGAAUAUACAGCCUUGAAGACAGCUUGCUUCUUUGACAGAUUAUUAUAUUUCCUUUGGAUGAUACUGUGGUUGGUGGGUACCUCAUGAAGCAACAAGCAGAUCUUGAAUGGAGAAAGUGAAUGCUUUUCUUUUUUUCCUUUUGAAAAAGCUAUAUGCACUAAUCCUCAAUGUGAACUUCUUGCAGUUUUCACCAGAGAUGUUUAUUUUAAAAUGGUUUAUUUCUAAAAUUGUAUUUAGUAUAGGGUUUAAAUCACGGGAUUCUUCUUUCACCUUCUUAAAAGUAAAUUUGCUUGAUUGCAGUUUUCACCAGAGAUGUUUAUUUUAAAAUGGUUUAUUUCUAAAAUUGUAUUUAGUAUAGGGUUUAAAUCACGGGAUUCUUCUUUCACCUUCUUAAAAGUAAAUUUGCUUGAAUGAAUUGUCAAUGUAAAUAGGCUAAAAAAAUUCUUAGUAUUUUUCAUCAAGAGCUUCAGUCAUUCACACAGACCUGCUGCUCUGUUGACCAGUACUGGGCAUACUGUCACCAUCUACCAGUAGCAAUCUACUGUGGUUUCUCUGAAAUUAUUUUCUUAUAUGAAAGUGAAUGCUGUGUAUCUGAAGUGCCUUAAUUUCAAGCCUGUGCUGAUUUUGUAAAGACACAUACAUGGAAAUAUCACUAUCUAUGUUUCAUAAUCAAUUGAAAAUCUGUUACGCAUUUUAUAAAGCUUGUCAAUUAAUCAUGUUUUCUGAAGUUCAGCAGUACAGCUUUUAUAACUUUUGUAAACACUAUUUUCCAUAAUCGUCAGGUUCUUGAAAUGAUGAAGCAUUAAAAUAUGGAAAUUAAAACAUACUCAACUUUUCCUUUUAAAUUGCCUAAUAAAACUGAGUAAAGAUGCAUGAUGCUCAA